AUGCCGGCAGAGGCUCCAGCAGCAGCACCUGCAGCAGAACCGGCAGCGGCCCCGGCAGAGGAGCCGGUUACAGACUCAGCAAAAGUAGCGUCGGGCAAGCUGAUGCAGGGAUCAACGAGCAAGCCAGCAGUGAAGCCUCGGAGAGGAGGUAACAGGGGUGUGGCCAACGGGGACCCCUACAGAGGCAUUCUAGAGGUGACAAGGGAGAGACAGCUGAAAAAAUGUGGUGGAGGACAGAGCUAUCAGAACUGCUGCCCUGAUUUCCCUGGGUUUUCCAGCCUAACAGUUCCACUUCUUUGUCAGGGCAGAAGGACGGGAUGCUUGGUGCUGCUCUUUCUGUGCUUCUCCUAUUCCCUGGUGGCUGGCUGUGGGACCCAGAUCAGCUUGGCUCCCUCUAGCACGGCGCAGGAGUUUGUUGCUGUAGGUGAGUUCCCUUGGGUAGUGUCACUGCAGGACCUACAACACAAACAUUUGGCCUUUGGCUGCAUCUUGAGCGAGUAUUGGAUACUGAGCGCUGCAUCCAGGCUUCAGAACAGGCACCCAGCUUUAGCCAUGGUUGGUAUGACUGAUCUGAAUAUGCAACAGAAGGUCCAGCUCCGCUAUUCAAUCAAGACCAUAAUCCCCUAUGAGGACUUUGAUGAAAUCACCCGGUACAACAACAUUGCCCUUCUGAAGACAGCCACCCCGGUACAGUUCAGUGACACAGUUCAGCCCAUCUGCUUCCCAGGCAGGAACCUCACUGCAUCAGCCCUGGAGAACUGCUGGGUGUCAGGAUGGCUCUACGCCAAGCAGGCAGGAAACAGGGCUGCUGUAAGCUUUCUGAGAAAACUGUCAGUCCUGGAUGUGGAUCCUUGCCCCUUAAAGAGAAUCAUCACAACAGAGUGUUGCAGCCACAGGGAGUCUGACAACGUGACUGGAUGCCUGGGAGACUCGGGAAACCCAGUCAUGUGCCAGCCUAAGGGGACCAAGAGAUGGGUUCUCAGUGGAGUGCUCAGUGAGGGCGGCAUGAGAUGCUAUGGACCAUUUCUGUACACCAAACUGUCCUACUACAGUGACUGGAUUUCAGCCACAACAAAGAAAGCAGGAACCACAAUAUAUCACACUUUUGCCAGAGGCCAUGCUGCUUCCCCAGCUCCCACAGAGUAUUUGCAAGGGUCCAACUAUAGCCAAGGAAAGCAGCAACAGAAAGGCAGCAAGUCCUCCCAGGUUGGAUUAGACAGGUCCAAAAGCAAGUCUGCUCCUUUGUACUAUGACUAUUACAGUGGGGAAGUGCUCCCCAUUCCUGAUGGGAGCUGCUGUCUGCCUUAUCCCACCCAGGACACCAUUGCCAUUUUCCUUCUGCUUUGCCUUCUGUUUUAUUAGACAAGAGAUCAAACUACAAAAGCAGCCCCCCUAGGGCCAGUACUCAGGGAACACUCUUACCCACAUCUGCUACUGCUAAGAGAACCUAUGUAGCAUCAUCCAUGUGCAUCAAUGACCUGUCCUCACAGCAAUGCCCCAGGUAUCUGUCUGUCACUCCAACUUGGGAACUCACUGAAGGCUAUAUUAAACUUUUAAAUUCUCCCAAGAAAUCUUCCUGAUUCCUUUUUUUUGCAUUAAAUGAUCACAAGGCUCAACCCAGAGAGGGCGAGAGGGCAGUUCAUGUAAACAUGUCAGAUAUGAUCAUAGAAUAACUGGUCUUCAAGAUAUCUGACAGGAAAGGAAAUAUGAAGAGCAAAGCUGAUUCAGAACUUUGAAGGCAUUUGUACACAUGCUUGCACCGGGUACUUUUAAAAGCACCCAGCACCGCAGUGCAUGCAAUUGUGUAAGUGGCGAAACGCGUGUCAACACUGAGAAAAUGGCAGUGGUGCGCUUUUGAAUUAAAACACAUCAGAGGUGUUUUAGUUCAAAAGUGCACUGCUGCCAUUUUCUGCAUACUGACACACAUUUCACUGCUUAUAUAACUGCACGUGCUUCAGUGAAGUGCGUGUCAGGUCGCGUGUACAGCAGACUCAGUUAAUCAAGUCUGCUCACCUGCCAGAUCUCUGGAGCAUUG